UUGGUUCAACAGUUAUUCAGGGUACAAGAACAGUAACUACAGCAGUAAUACUACAAUAAGUACAGCAGUAAUAGUACAGCAGUAACAACAGUACAGUUAGCAGUUAGAGCAGUAUAAUACCUCAGUAUCAGUAGUACUCAGUACUCAUUGGUCCCUGAUGGCUAAAUGGGGUGAAGGAGAUCCUCGAUGGAUCGUUGAAGAAAGAGCCGACGCCACAAACGUCAACAACUGGCACUGGACAGAACGUGAUGUAAGCGGCUGGUCAUCAGAGCGCCUCCGUCAGCUGCUGCUGGAGGUUCGGGUGGGGGGACCAGAGGGCGUCUGUCAGCUGACCGACGUCUCCAAGCUGGAUGGAGAAGCUUCCAUCAACAACCGCAAAGGAAAGCUCAUCUUCUUCUACGAGUGGCAGCUGAAAGCCAGCUGGCUGGGGACAUCCAGCAGUGGAGUGAAGUACAGAGGAACUGUUGAAGUGUUCAACCUGUCAGAAGAGAAUGACAUGGACGACCUCGAUAUCUCAGUGUCUCUGUGUAAAGACCAGCCCAACACGCCACUCCUGGACCUCAUGAAGAAGAGUGGCGUUCAGGAAGUCCGCAGGGUUCUUGGCGACUACGUCCGCCAGCUCAAAUCAGAGUUCAGUCAGGGAAUGAUCCUUCCUACUGCCGACGGACCGAAGCUGCCUCAACCUCAGACCAAGAAGAACCAGAUCCAGACCAGCAAAACUCAGUUUGUGCAGGUGUUUACACGCUCAGCGGCGGCGGUGGACGGUCGUCGUGGAGGGCGGUUCCAGCUAUUGGACGGGAAUGUCAGCGGAGAGUUCACACAGCUGGUACCAGACCACAGAAUUGAGAUGAGAUGGCGGUUCAGGACGUGGCCCAGCGAGCACUACGCCACUGUCAGUCUGGAGCUGGAGGACGGAGGAGAUGAGACAGAGCUGAGGAUGGAGUGUCGAGGAGUCCCUGCAGGGGAGGAGGACUCCACCAGGGAGGGCUGGACCCGGUUCUACUUCCAGGCCAUCAAACAGACAUUUGGAUACUGAGAGUCUGGAGUCUUUGGUGCUCAUCUGACAAUCUGACUGUCUACAAUGAAGAGCCAACAUGUCAGCAUGAGAUCGACUUGCUAAAGGGAACAGUCCAACAUUUUGACCCCUGCUGUUCUGUCCUCAAUAAAAUAUAGAGUCCCUCAGGGCAGCGUUCUAGAGCCCCUGAUUCCUCUGUUCUACCUGAACAGUCCAACAUUUCAUGAAUCCGCUUGUUCUCUGUCUUGUCCACAGUCAGCUCAUUUUCAUCUCUGUGGAUACAGCGGUGGUCCAGGACAUGCUUAGCCUGAGCAUAAAGACCGGGGGCAGGGGGGAACUGUUAACAUGAAGACUAAAACUAGGGGGAAACUGAGCCUUGCCUCAUAGAAAAUUAAAAAAGAAACAACUGAACAAAAAUAAACUAUUGGACUGUUCCCGUAAAGUUUAUGACGUCGUGAAUGUGACUGAAUGACUGCGUGAAUAAAUGAUUGACAGAUACCUUACAGAUACUACAACAGGCUUCUUCGGACCAAUCAGAGACAGGAUUAUGGAGAAGCAGCAAAAAUCAAAUAUGUUCAUCAGUUGAACUUCACCUGCUGGAUCGUCUCAGGACUGAGUGUUUUCCCAUGGUGCACUGCGGUUUACACAACCUGUUCAGACGUUUUCAUGACGGGAUAAAUUACUACAUGUGGUGAAGUUCUCACAAGUGAUUGUAUAUUUGUGUUUAGUUUCAUUUCAAACUGAAGGUGUGUUCUCUGAUUUUUCUGAUUAAAAACUGUU